CGUGGGACACAGAGGGUGCGGCCCCUAGGGAUCUCCUAGGAGUAGGCCGGCGGGGACUGCGGUUGGGUGGGGAAUCUGCGGUCCUAGGUGGGACAGAGCUUUUGGAGGGGGUAAGGCACUUAAAGCCACCCGCAGGAGGGGGGCGUCCGUGCCAUACCGGUGCUCGCUUGACACGUCUCUACCAGGUUGUUCCCUGCAAGUCCCCAUUUGACAGAUGGGAAAAUUGAGGUUCAGAGAGGCUAAAUGAUUCUCAAGGUCACCCAGCAAGGAACCAACAAUCAGGAGGGAACGACUCUGAGAAGUCCUCAGAAGGACUCCCUAAUGUGGGGUAGUUCGUUUAAGGGCGAGGUCCCUUUCUUUGGGGCAAGGCUCUGGAGAGAUCCAGGAAUGUAAGGAACCCCAGGCUUUGGGGCUCUGUGCCCUAGAGCCUGGUUGAAGGGGGAGGGGCGGCAGAAUGGGUGUGUGCGCAACCACGGGGGUAUGUGGAUGCGUGUGGGAGUGUACAUGCGUGGAGAUGCACUGUCUUUGCGUGUGUGCACACGUGUUCAGAUGUCAGAGCUACUGUGAUCGAGGGAUCAGAGGCUGAGCUGGUUGAAAUGAACAGAAGGUCUGGGAGGUGAACUGCAUUCGGGUUUGCAUUCCGAAGUAAAGGACUUGGGUAUGUGUGGCUGAGGAUUUUCAUUGCAGGUGUUCCUGGGAUGUGGGUGCCAUUGUGUGUGAUCAGGACGGGAGGUGUCUGUGACCCUGGUUGUGAAAAGGGUCUUCGUGCACUUAAUGACAGGGGUCCGAAUUGAGUACUGUGGGAAGCUCUGAGAGGGUAGCUUGGGUCUAGCCCACUGGCACCGGCAGCCAUGGCGAGCACUCUGGACCUGGACAAGGGUUGCACGGUGGAGGAGCUGCUCCGUGGCUGCAUCGAAGCCUUUGAUGACUCCGGAAAGGUGCGAGAUCCACAGCUAGUGCGCAUGUUUCUCAUGAUGCACCCCUGGUAUAUACCUUCCUCUCAACUGGCUUCGAAACUGCUCCACUUCUAUCAGCAAUCCCGGAAGGACAACUCCAAUUCUCUACAGGUGAAAACAUGUCACCUGGUCAGGUACUGGAUCUCAGCCUUCCCAGCAGAGUUCGACUUGAACCCAGAGCUGGCUGAACAGAUCAAGGAGCUGAAGGCUCUGUUAGACCAAGAAGGGAACCGCAGGCACAGCAGCCUCAUCGACAUCGAGAGUGUCCCAACCUACAAAUGGAAGCGGCAGGUGACCCAGCGGAACCCUGUGGAACAGAAAAAGCGCAAGAUGUCCCUGUUGUUUGAUCACUUGGAGCCUAUGGAGCUGGCAGAACAUCUUACCUACCUGGAGUAUCGUUCCUUCUGCAAGAUCCUGUUCCAGGACUACCACAGCUUUGUGACUCAUGGCUGCACUGUAGACAAUCCGGUCCUGGAGCGAUUCAUCUCCCUCUUCAACAGCGUCUCUCAGUGGGUCCAACUCAUGAUCCUCAGCAAACCCACAGCCACGCAGCGGGCUCUGGUCAUCACACACUUCGUGCAUGUGGCAGAGAAGCUGCUGCAGCUGCAGAACUUCAACACGCUGAUGGCUGUUGUGGGAGGCCUGAGCCACAGCUCCAUCUCACGCCUCAAGGAGACCCACAGCCACGUCAGCCCUGACACCAUCAAGCUUUGGGAAGGUCUGACAGAACUAGUGACAGCUACUGGCAACUACAGCAACUACCGGCGCAGGCUGGCGGCCUGCGUGGGCUUCCGCUUUCCUAUCCUGGGAGUGCACCUCAAGGAUCUAGUGGCUCUGCAGCUGGCUCUGCCUGACUGGCUGGACCCAGCUCGGACCCGGCUCAAUGGAGCCAAGAUGAGGCAGCUUUUCAGCAUUUUGGAGGAGUUGGCCAUGGUGACCAGUCUUCGACCACCAGUGCAAGCCAACCCCGACUUGUUGAGUCUGCUCACGGUGUCCCUGGAUCAGUACCAGACGGAGGAUGAGCUCUACCAGCUCUCCCUGCAGCGAGAGCCACGCUCCAAGUCAUCCCCAACCAGCCCCAGCAGCUGCACCCCGCCUCCCCGGCCCCCUGUCCUGGAAGAGUGGACCUCAGUUGCCAAGCCUAAGCUGGACCAAGCCUUGGUGGUGGAACACAUUGAGAAGAUGGUGGAGUCCGUGUUCCGGAACUUUGACGUGGAUGGGGACGGUCACAUCUCCCAGGAGGAGUUCCAGAUCAUCCGGGGCAACUUCCCUUAUCUCAGCGCCUUUGGGGACCUGGACCAGAACCAUGCUGGGAUCACAGGCAUGAGCCACCAUGCCUGGCUGCCUCCAUCCUUCUUGGCAUCCAUGUGAAAUAGAUGUAGAUUUGAUCUGAAGUGAAUUUUGUGGACAAACAGGAUUCACGUGUGGAUCUGUUCCUACUGGUGGCUUUGCGGCUUCUGCUGGACUGAAGAAGUUCCCUGUUUUCUCCUUGGGCUGGUGGGUGGUUUUGGUUUUUUUGUUUUUUCUUUUUGGGCUUGUUCAGUGGGUUGCCGCUCUUUAUAACCCAGGAGGUUGUGAGCCUCAGGGAUUCUUCGCCCUAAGACUCACCCUUAUGUAAACCUGGACCACUGAUUGGCCACCAGACACCAGUGUUGGGCUCACAGAGAGAGAGAGGAGGCCAUUUACCUGGGCUGUAGUCAGUGGGAGUCCCAGACUGAGCAUGCGCACAGCCCUGGGUCUCAUCUCCAGGUCCCUUAGAGGAAGAGCAGCUGGCUCCUCUUCCUGGGACCGGUCCCAGCUCACUGCCGCUCGAGUUCAUUGUUUAUCCCGGCCUCUCCGCCCUCUCUCGUUUGUUUGUUUGAGAUGGAGACAAGGUUUCCCAUGGAGCCCUGGCUGUUCUGGAACUUGCUUUGUAUAUCAGACCAGCUUCCAGCUAACUGUAUAGCUGAACCUGGUGUUGAGCUUCUGAUUCUCUUACCCCCCUCCCCCCUUCUCCUCCCCUCUCCCCCACCCUCCAGCAGAGCUCCUCCAAUUGAAGGUUUACCGUUGUGUUCCGCCAUACCUGGCUCCCGAAGCUCUCUGCUUCUGGGACUUGGAGAUAGAUUUCUAUCUCUUGCAAAAAACUAUUGGUCAAUUUUAUUAUUAUUAUUUAUAUAUUUAUUUUCUUCAUUCUUUUGGAGACUGUCUCACUCUAGCUUACAUUGUCUGGGAAGUUACUAUGUAGCCCAGGCUGACCUUACAGUCUUAGCCACCAGGGUGUUGGGAUUCCAGGGAUAGCCAUCAUGGCCCACUUUUUAGUUUAUUUCUGCACAGGGUAUUGAACCCAGGGCCUUUGCAUACCAGGCAAACACUUUUAUCCAUCAACCUCAUCCCAGACAGACCUGGUUUUUGUUUUUUUCUUUUAAUCAGACACACCAGAAGAGGGCAUCAGAUCCCAUUACAGAUAGCUGUGAGUCACCAUGUGGUUGCUGGGAAUUGAACUCAGGACCUCUGGAAGAGCAGCCAGUGCUCUUAACCCUGAGCCAUCUCUCCAGCACCCCCAGGCCUGUUUUUACAUUUGCUUUCUGUUAUAUCACAAAUAUCUUCCAUGUGGAUUCAUGUAGGCACGCACUAUUUAUUUAUUUAUUUAUUUAUUUAUUUAUUUAUUUAGGGUUUUGGGUAUGGAGACCGGGGCUUACAUGUUUCAGGAAAGCACUCUGCUACUGGGCUGUGGUAUCCAUAUUAUGUCAUCCUUUAGAGGAUUGCACCGUGUGGCUGGCCGCCCUUCACGUGUGCCUCCUUCAACUGAUGUACUUGUAGACCAGUCCAGAGCUUUGCAGUAUUUAUCUGCCCGGCUGCUGGAGAAGUCUUUGUAUCCACUCCUUUGAGCCAAUGUUUCUGGAGGAGAAAUUCCUAGAAGUGGGAUCACUGGAUCCAAAGCAGUGCACAUUCUAAGAUAGGAGGGAAAGACUGCCAACCUGACCUCAGAGAAGGUUGCACCGGGUUGCACCGCAUCAGCCGUGCCCAAGUGUCUCAAACUCCUUGCCAAAAGCAGCAGCUACAAUAAGCCUUACAGUUUUGCCAGUUGAGUUGGAAAAUAGUGUCCUUGCUAAUUUGCAUUUCUUCAAUUCAACGGGGGGGGGGACUAUCUAUUCAUAUGUUUAUUGGCCACUUAUAUUUCUUCUGUUAAUUGUUCAUAUUCUUUGUCAUCCUGUUAGGUUUGUGCGUCUUCUUCUCAUUGAUUUUUAGAAUCUGUACUAAUGGAUAUUAACCCCUUUGCUGUUGAGUGUGUUUGCAAAUAUCUUCUUCCUGUCUGUCACUGAUGUUGUCUUUUUCCAUAUAAAAUUUUUUUUAAAGCUUUGUGUGUUUGAUAUGUCAACCUUUCCUUUGGUGGCUUUUUUGGAUUUGUACGGUGUGUAGAAAGGCCCCCUGCUCAAGGUCACGGAACGAUUCUCAAAUUUUCCUCUCAUGGUUUCAUGUACUCAUCUGUGUCUCAUUCUGGGAGAAUAUGGUUUUCAUGUAAUUUCAUAUGUCAUACAAAGUCUGUAUUUUAGUAUUUGUUUUAUAAAUCACUAGGUGUCCCAUUGA